AUGAGCACACGCCAACAGACUAACCAAGUGGCCUUAUAUCUAGGCAGAUAUAUUACUUCGGAGCGAACUAACUAUCUACGAUCUAAAAGCAAGGAGCAUCAAGUGAUCUCAUCACCAUCAGCUGCUGCUGCUACUGCUGUCACUGUGUCAAUUGCAAUGCAACACACAAUGUGGGAAGGAAAAGGAAUGCGGAUUGCGCCGCCUGCCGUCUUGGGUAGCCCUCUCUCUCGUCAUGAGUCUCUUCCUAUUUGUCGCCGUCAUUGCAGCAGAUAUCACGCUAGUAAGAUACCAAGCGGCUUGUCAAAAGGCAAGCGUCACGAUAGUGCAUCGGCUUUGGUGCCAAACUCGGGAAGGGCCGACCGCAGCUGCAGGCGGAGCCGACGUCUGCCACGUGAAAUGACCAGGGUCCAGACUCCAGGGAGGCCGCUAGGACCGCCUCUAGUCCCAGUUGGGUUUGGAGUGUCCGACGCCCGCUCCAGCAGGGCCGAAUUGAGAGGUCCUUCCAUGAAAAGGAGGAUGGAAGGGAAUGAAAGAGAGGACGUGUCCCACUGCCAUGAGGCGUGCACGAAUUUUGAACCCCUGGCUGCCUGGCUGCCUGGCCUGGGGGGUCGCGCUUGCGACAACACUGCCACCGCAAUCCUUUUGCCGGGCCAUAGCUCUAAGCUCCAAUCACAAGCCUUGCCUAAACCUCUUAGCGAUCCCCCGAUCGUGACAUCUGUCAAGUCUAUCAAGUGCCGGAGGGGGGAUGUAGGGAAUAUCCUUCAUAAGAUGUCGGCGCAACAAUUACUGUGGAUUAUGGAAUGGAAUGUUGGUAGGCCCAGUGUGUAUGGGCUGAUUCUUUCCCAGCGAGCUGGGCAAGCUAAUUGCCUCCCUCUCUCUCUGUUCCCUUCUCUCCUGGGGCCAGGCGGGACGAGAUGGUCCUGCAGAAUGGCGUCCAUGCGUCAGAUUCUUGGAAGUUGGCACGCACCAAGCAAGCCAGUCUGCAGAUGUGCUGGAGAUCAACCGUCUUGUGGUCAAGCACAGCCGCCAUGUCUUGUGCAACCCCCGACCGGCACACAGAGGAUACAGUCAGCAGCGAGUAAGCGACGAUCCGCCCACUCGUGGCUGGGAGAGCUGAAACCGGCACAAGACGAGCUGAUGGGUUUAGCAAGGGUGGCUUGGAAAGCGGGUGGUGCCGCUUGUCCAUGGUUGCUUUGGAAGGGGAAAACAAGAUGGGAUCGACACGAGAGGCGCAACUUGACUUUUCUGAUGCCGUGGUUGUUUGGCACCACGGCGCAUCUCAAGAACGGCAAAGUCUCCGAGGAUUAUACCACCCUGAGCCGGGAUCAUAUCAAUAGAAGCAGUAAUCAGCAGGGGGAUAUUAUUUCGAUACCCGCACCUAAGCGACUUGCGGUAGGAUUCCCGACGACUAUUGAGGCGGUCAAAGCUGGAGCGUUGGAGAGCGUUGGAUGA